UUUUACUCUAAAAAAACUUAACAAUAAUAGAAACUUGACAUAUGUAUGAAAUUAUGAAUGUAAAAAUGUAUAUUAAUAUAAUAAUAUUAAAUGAAUAAAAUGAAUGAAAAAAAAAAUGGCGCUUGGGAUUGGCCGUUGUUUACUGGAGAAGAAGAAAGGGCAUAAAAGGGAUCGUGAAUCUAACCAGAGUUUCUCUCCUUAUCUAUGCCGAUUUCUCUCCAAGACGAGGAAAAAGUGCUCCUUCGAUUUCUCUCGAUUUGGGUUUCCUUCAAUUUCUCGAAUUUUCUCGGUGUCUUCCGAUUCCAGUUGUGAUUUGAUUAAGAUGACCGUCUCUGAUUCUGAAUCCAUGGUGGAAACCGGAGUUUGUGGUUUUCCGUCCACUCAAGAGGAGGAGAAACGUAUCGUGACGGAGCUGAUUAGCGAAGCGGAGGGUAAUCUGAAAGAGGGAAACUUGUAUUUCGUGAUCUCUAACAGGUGGUAUACAAGUUGGCAAAGAUGUGUUGGGCUACUAACAGAAGAAGUAUCUAGUGGAGAGCCUUCAGAAGUUACCAGGCCCGGACCAAUUGAUAAUCAUGAUAUUAUUGACAGUGAAAGUGCCGCUGGUGAUCCGCAGCUUCGUAAAAUGCUGGAGGAAAGUGUCGACUACGUUCUUGUUCCUGAAAAAGUUUGGAGAAAACUCGUGGAAUGGUAUAAAGGAGGUCCUCCAAUACAGAGGAAGUUGAUCUAUCAUGGGUUUUACAGUAAGAGCUACAGUGUGGAGGUUUACCCACUCUCCCUCAACUUGACAGACAGUAGAGACGAAAGCAUUACCAUCAUAAGGUUGAGCAGACAGGCUUCUAUAAGUCAACUUUAUGAGACGGUUUGUGCUGUAAGAGGGGUAUCAAAAGAAAAGGCUCGCAUCUGGGAUUACUUCCAGAAGAGGAAAAGCGUACUCUUGGAUCCUUCAUCUGAAAAAAACUUGGAGGAAUCGUCCCUUCAAAUGGACCAGGAUAUUCUUCUUGAAGAUGAUGGGUCUGCGUCCUCUCAAAAUGACAUGAGCUCGGCGGGAAAUGAGUUAGCUCUGGUACUUGUAGAGCCUUCAAAGUCAGAUGCUACGAAUAGUAUGCUUGGUGAGGGGACUUUGUCUAAUGGUCACUCCAACGGUUCCAAGUUUAGCCUCUUUGGGAGAAACACUUUUGGAGAUGAUGGUUGCGAUUCCUCAAGUGCUUUUGGGAAAAGAGAGAGGAGAGGUUUAGGAGGAUUGCAGAAUCUGGGUAACACAUGCUUCAUGAACAGCACUCUUCAGUGUUUGGCACAUACACCGCCUAUUGUCGACUAUUUUCUGAAAGAUUACAGCGAGGAUAUAAAUGCAGAUAAUCCUUUGGGAAUGCGUGGUGAGCUUGCUCUUGCAUUUGGUGAACUAUUGAGGAAACUGUGGACAUCUGGACAAAACACAGUGGCACCACGCGCUUUCAAGACAAAACUGGCUCGAUUCGCACCACAAUUUAGUGGUUAUAAUCAGCAUGAUUCUCAAGAAAUGCUUGCAUUCUUGUUGGAUGGGCUUCAUGAAGAUUUGAACAAGGUUAAGCAAAAACCUUACAUUGAAGCUAAAGAUUCAGAUGGUCGACCAGAUGAUGAAGUUGCCGAAGAAAAGUGGAAUUAUCACAAGGCCCGAAAUGAUUCUGUGAUAGUUGAUGUCUGCCAAGGACAAUACAAGUCGACAUUGGUCUGCCCAGAUUGUGGAAAAAUCUCAAUCACGUUUGAUCCCUUCAUGUACUUAACUUUGCCAUUGCCAUCAAGUCGUACUCGAUCAAUGACAGUUGCAGUUUUUUACGGUGAUGGAAGCCAUCUUUCAGUGCCAUACACUGUAACAGUUCCUAAAGACGGUUCUUGUAGAGAUCUCAGUAAUGCACUAGCUACUGCUUGCGGUUUGAACAAUGAUGAAAGCCUUUUACUCGCAGAGGUUUAUGAUCACAAGAUCUUUAAAUAUUUUGAGACUCCCCUGGAAUCGCUGACUAUGAUAAAAGACAAUGACCGUGUUGUGGCAUAUCGGUUCAAUCAGAUGCAGAGAGGACCAGGAAAAGCCAAACUUGAGAUUCUUCACGGGGAGCAGAGAAAGUCUGAUAGUGGCGGAGACCCAAAGCUUUUUGGAACUCCCCUUGUUACAUAUGUCAACACAGAACCACUUAGCGGAACUGACAUUGAUGCAAUUAUCUCUGGAUUGCUUUCACCUCUACGCCGGACUCAGUCAUCAUCUAUAGUUACUGCUGGAGAGGAAAACGGCCACAUUCCAGAUGUUGCUGAUGAAACAUCUGGAAACUUAUCAUCUAGAGGCACUGAAACAGAGGAUAUUGCAGUUAAUGAUAGAGAGUUAUCCUUCAGUCUCUUCUUGACAGAAUACUAUUCUUCCGGUCUCAAGCCACUCGAGUCCGAUUUAGUUGUGAAUCCUCGUAGUGCUACAAGGGUUGUAGUCAAGUGGGACGAGAAAGAGCAUGAGAAGUAUGAUUCCAGCUGCUUGAAUGAUCUACCUGAGGUUCAUAAAACGAGUUUCUCGAUGAAAAAGUCAAAGCAAGAGGAAACUUCUCUGUUUUCGUGCUUGGAAGGCUUUCUAGCAGAAGAGCCUCUCGGACCAGAUGAUAUGUGGUAUUGUCCUGCUUGCAAAGAACACAAGCAAGCGAAUAAGAAGCUAGACUUGUGGAAGUUGCCUGAUAUUCUUGUGAUCCACCUGAAACGGUUCACAUAUAGCAGAUAUUUUAAGAACAAGAUUGAUACAUUCGUGGAUUUCCCUAUUCAUGAUCUAGAUUUAAGCAAGUACGUGAUGAACAAAGACGGCCAGUCAUAUCUUUACGAGCUGUAUGCCAUCAGCAAUCAUUACGGUGGCCUAGGAGGCGGUCACUACACUGCUUACGCUAAGUUGAUGGAUGAGAACAAAUGGUAUGAUUUUGACGACAGCCAUGUUUCAUCUGUAAAUGAAUCCGACAUCAAGACUUCGGCUGCGUAUGUUUUGUUCUACCAAAGAGUGAGAAGUGAAGCAGAGGCAUCGAAUAUGGAUGAGGAUUAGUUUGAAAAGGCCCUUCAUUCAUCAGGAUUCAUGACAAAAAGCUUGUUGCUUUGCUCAAGAUCCAUAUAUUGGUCUCAUGGUUUAAUGUUUUUCUUCUAAGACGGAUUGACUCAAAGAGUUAGAUUCUAAAGAUUGUUUGAUUAGUUUACCUUUUUCCCACUCUGAGGGAAAGUUUUGGGCAGUGAGAAAAACAGAUUAUUUAGAAUGUCUUAGGUGGGAAAGAAAUUGGCGUAUUGCUGUUCUUACCUGCGUUUAGAUAUUCAAAAAGCAUUAGUUAUUAAUGACUACUUGUUCUUACAAUUUAAUGGUGCAACAGGUUAUUUGGUUUGGUCUGAAGGUCUAAAACUAAUAUUACGGACUUCAGACCUAAAAUUCGUACUGAUUAUCUUUGUCUUUACAAUCAAAGAAAGAGAAUCAACUUCUUUGAUAUCGUGU